GGGAACUACUCCUUUAGCGAACCCUUUUCUAGCUUUCUCGCCACAUCCGUCGACCAUGCAACAAAACUGCAAGAAUCUUUGCCGUGGUGCCGCUGCGGUGACACAGCGCCGUCCGGUUGCGGCCUUGCGCGUUGUUGCAACGCCUUUCCGCAGCGGUGCAGUAUCGUUCUCCCCCCUCCUCACGCCCCACCGACGUUUCAGCAUGCCGGACCCCUCGGACCUCUUCACCUCGCCCGCCGGCUUGAUGGCACUGCUGUACGGACGCACCGGCAGCAGCACGCCCGCGGCCUCCACAGCCCUGCCGUCCGACGUCGUUCAGGCGACCGGGAAGUCGUCGCGGCGUGCACUCCAGCAGCGGCGCCGUCCAACACGCCGGCCACAAGGUGAUGAAGCGGCUGGCGAUCACGGCAAUGGCAACAACACUAGCGGUCACACCCACAGGGCCGACAGGACGAUGGCGAGCGGCCCCAGCUCCCUUUUCACCACCCAAGCCGUUGUGCUCGCCCUCGCCAUUUUCCUCCUCUCCGCGCUGUGGGACCUCUUUACCUCGCAAAAGUCCACCAUCUGGAACGCCGUAAAGAACAGCGUGGCUACCACGCUCGAGGUGCGCUCCUCCUCGCAGGAGUUCGCAAUGAUUGUGGACUGGAUGGGCCGCCAGCCACACGGACAGCGCAUACGCAACCUGGGUUUGCGGCCGGUCACGGUGCAAGACGAGCAGAAGGCCAUUUGGGGCACAGAGGAGGCUGCAGAUGCGUCGCACAGCGCCGCCGACGCGGACGCGCGGGUGAUGCUGGUGCCUGGCUACGGCAGUCACCUCUUCCGCUUCGGCACCACGUGGGUGUACAUCACACGCAGCGAAGACCCGUCAAAGCAGAAGGCCGCCGCGGCACACCGCGUGGACCGCGAAAACGACAAGCUCACUCUCACCUUCCUUACGCGUCGCCGCGCUGUGGUGCAGCUGUUUAUGAGUCACGUGCGGGAGUCGUGGAACGACAACGUGCGCAACACCGUGCACAUCUACCUCAGCGAGGGCUACAGCGCGCGGUGGCGGCUGCUGUCGGAGCGCCUGCGCCGCCCCCUCAACACGCUGUACCUUCCCGCAGAGACGAAGGCCAUCGUCGAGGAGGCGCGGCUCUUUCUGCGCAUGAAGAGCACCUACGCCGCGCUGGGCAUUCCGUGGCGGCGGGGCUACUUAUUAGAGGGUCCGCCUGGGACUGGCAAGUCGAGCUUCGCGAUGGCCCUCGCGGGGGAGCUGGGGUUGCCACUGCACAUCCUUUCGCUCCGCAGCGACAACAUGGACGACGACGCGCUCCUCUCCCUCGUCAGCGGUCUCCCGCCGCGCUCCAUCUUGUUGAUUGAAGAUUUCGAAAAUGCGCUGAAAGCAAAGCACUCCGUGUCCACCGCGGAGCCGCCGGACGCAGAAGGUGCCUCUCCCGCCGUUGCCUUGACCUACUCGACGGAUGUCGGUGGAGGCCCACGUUCGGCUUUGUCUCUGAGUGCGUUGCUGAACGCGCUGGACGGGGUCUCCAGCAGCGAGGGAAGGCUGCUGCUCAUCACGGCAAACGACACGUCUAAGAUUCCGUUUGCGGAUGCGCUGCUACGGCCGGGGCGCAUUGAUCGCCGUAUCGCGUUCGAGAAGCUGCAACCUCAGCAGAUUGAGGAAAUGGAGGAGUCGUUUCAGCGAACGCUGCGGGAGCGCCUGCCGACCAUCGCCGAUGCCGCUGCCACGACGCAUUUCGGCGCGACGGAGGGCAGUGGAGACAGGAGCAGUGAUAAGGAUGAGGGGGGAACAACGUGCACGCCGGCAUUGUAUCAGCAGCGGCUUCUAAACUCGGUUUUUUCGUCGUCUUUGCACUCCGCGGAGACCCUCACAGCCUCCGAGUAG